AUGGGAAGAGAAAAAGGACCCGUUUGCGUCACCGGAGGAACCGGCUACAUCGGGUCGUGGCUGAUCAAGGUGCUUUUUGAGCAGGGUUACUCUGUUCAUACCACUGUUAGACCUGACCCUGAUAACAAGAGAGACCUUAGCUUCCUCACAAGCUUACCUGGAGCAGAUGGAAGGCAUAAAAUCUUCCGAGCAGAUCUUAGCCAUCCCGAGAGUUACGAUGCGGCCAUCCAAGGGUGUAAAGGAGUUCUCCACGUCGCAGCUCCCAUGGAUUUCGAAGACAACGAGCCCGAGGCAGUAGUGACCCAAAGGGCGGUCGAUGGAGCACUAGGCAUAUUGAAAGCAUGCUUGAUAUUAUAA